ACCUUGGUGGAUUCAUCAAAUGGCACUGUUAUUGUUGUUCACUGCUGUGCAAAAGAAGCUUACUGAUAUGACAAUAAACUACAGGCCUGUGGAUUACCCGACAGAAAACAUUCUCCUAGUCUGAAGAUACAAGGCAUGAUCAGUGCAGCUGAAUUAAAGAUGAAUUCCACCGACACAGCAGAUGAAAGUACAGAACUGGAAUGUAAAAUCUGCUAUCAAAAGUACAAUAGCCAUAGUCGAAAGCCAAAGAUACUGGACUGUUUACACAGAGUAUGUGCAAGAUGUCUAAGCAAAAUCCUAGAUACCACUGAUAAUUCCCACUGCAUGAGCUGUCCCUUCUGUCGCAACGAGACAGAGGUCCACAAAGCUGAUAGUCUUCCUGAUGACACAAACAUCAUGUGUAAACUUACAGCGAAGAACAGGACAACAAAGAAUUUGGGUUGCCAAGAGAUAGUUUUGACGCCAAAAAACUUGUCUUCAUCCAAUUCAACCCUUGAUUCUUCUAACUUUUUAGUUAUUACCAUAAGGGAGGUUCAAAUGAAUUCUCCCAUUACUCCAAGAAGGAAUACCAUCUCUGAUUACCAUGCAGAUCAUAGUUUUGAAACAAUGUCCAUUACAUCCCAAAGUAGAAUUGAUCAAGAUGUGUUCUCUAAAAUUUGUACCCGUGUGCCAAGGAUACUCGUGUGGUUGUUAGGUUUCUUCUAUUUCAGCUCACUGCCACUUGGAAUUUAUCUUUUGGUCAUCCAAAAAGUGACUCUUGGUAUUGUUUGUGUCAGUCUUGUUCCUUCCAGUUUGACAGUUUGCUUGGUCUACGGUUUUUGUCAGUGCCUCUGCCAAGGUAUAUGUGAUUGUUCGAGAAACUAACAGCCACUAUAAUAAAAUAUGGAUUUGAUCAGCACCCCAAUUAAAACCAUAGCUUGUCAUGGGACCAUGCAUACAUAAACAUUGGGUAAAUCAUUUAAAAUAUCUGCCAGGCUGUGGGAUUUACUCCCAAUGAUCCGAGCUCUAAUUGCAAAGAGCAGCUUUACAUUAACCUCAGCAACCCCA